GCCUCAGUGGCUUCAAACCGCCCGUGGUAUCCCUUUUGUCCUUUGUGUGAGAGAAAGAGAGAGUGAGCGACAGAUCAGGAUCCUGGAGGAACCGGCCUCCUACCCUGCAAAGUUCGCUCCCGGACCAGGAACUAGGGACUUGGCUUUCGAAAUAUAUCUCCAAGGUGUAGUUGCAGUGAGUUGUGAUAAGUGGCUCAACUACAGAACACGUUUCUGUUUACCAGCCUCCAGUUAUUUCAAUAGUCAGAACUUGGUGCUGUUUUUUUUUUUGUUGUUGUUUGUUUUUUUAUGCUUGUGUCCAGACUCCACAUUGUCCCUUCAGUUUAUGUUGAUGCCUUAAAGCCAGCCAAAGUUCUCUUCCUUUCUGCACCAUGACAGUGCACCUCAUCUCUCCGUGGACGCCCAGAGUUCACUAUCGGAUAAAGCAGGAACCACCAAGAACUAUUGAAGAAUUCUUAAAACUUCAGAAUUGGGAUUACUGGCCAAGAGAUAUCACUUUGAAAGAUGUUGAUAAAUGGUCAUACAGCCUGAAUAAAAUAAAAGAAGAUAGUUCAUUUAUUUCAAUCUACUCACAUCUAUGGGGAAAUGUUCCUCGUGUGUAUGAUGCGGCUCUGCUCAUGGAUUCAAGACUAGAAGAAUGUUCAGCUCUUGUGAAAGAGCAUGCUUCUAAGUUAUUUGAAUGGGGCCACGUUUUUUGCAAGAAACGUUCUCCUGAAAGACUGCAAAAAUAUAAGGCAGCUCUAGGUAAAUGCCACAAGAAAAAGAAGAUAAUGCUUUCAGAUGAAAUGGAAACAAAGAAGAAUAUAGAGGAUUGCAGCUUCUCAGGAUUUAAAGCAGAUGAGCUUACUCACCUCCCCAGACAUUUGGAUGCCAAACGAAUUUACCUUUUUAUUUUAAAAAGCCGUAACUUUGAUGAAAAACAUUUGAAAGUCUGGAAAACACAUUUUCUCUCACAAGCCUCUGUUGCUCUUUUGCAUGAUUCCUUUUGGUGGUGGUUCCUACACAAAUUUAAGCCUGACAGAGAAAACCAAGAUUUCCUGUUUGAUAGAAUUUCAGAAAGUUAUGUGAUUCUUUUCAUGAGCAUCCCUCUAUAUCGAAAGGAUGCAUUCUUUCGGGUGUAUCCUGAUUGCUUGGCACAAGCGAUAUAUGCUACGUUUCAGGAAGCAUUUCCAGAUUCCAGUGAUCUGUUUAAUGAUGAAUUUAAAGAAGAACUAGGGAAUAACAUUUCUCUUUGGUUGUCAGGUCUAAGACCUAGAAGAGGCUUUUGGACCCAGUGGAAACUGAAAGAACUUGCCACAACCACCAUACACGGUAGCUUGAAGACAUCUUCAAAAUCUUUAAUGGAGCAGAUUACGAGGAGUAAUGAACGCAUAACAAAUACUAUUGACUUCGAUAUGACAAAGAUUUUAAGUGACCCAAGAUUUUAUAACAAGUCUGCAUCCAAGAGUGAUCCAAGAUUACCAGCAAAGUCCCACUAUGUUGCCGCUGGUCCAGAGUUUAACCGUGUGCUCUUCAAUUUUGGAGGUAAAAGUCCUCUGAUUUUAUAUUACCUUAAGAUACAUGAGCUGACUGGCAUUUCUAAGGCUCCUAAACAAAUCAAGAUUAAAUUCACUGAAAUAUGCCGAGAACCGUCACCUACUCCGACUUACCGUGAUGUUAUAAAGGAGGCAAGACGGUACUUUUUGAAGAACCAAAAGGAGUUUAAGAUAGAAAGUCACAGAACGAAUGAAGAAAUCAAACUCAUAAGGCAACAGCAGGAAAGAAUUGACAAGGAGUUUGAUAGACUCCAAGAAAAGGCUACCAAGAAACCUCAUGAAGCUAGGAAAGACUCUGACAAAUUUCUAUACAAACUGCAGUUUUCUGAACUUCAAACUGAGAAGGAGUUUCUCGCAUCCCUCUCAUCAUCAGCAGUAACAUCAACAACUGAAGACAACUUUGAGGAAGCAGAAGGAAGCGAAGUCGGAAAUGACAAAAUUUAGCCAUGUGGAAUAGAAUUCAGUUGUAUUCGUUUAAUUGCAGCAGGGCAUGUUAUUCAAGUUCAACCCGUGAGGUCAGUAUUGAGUGUUUUCGUGUUUGCCAUCCAUCCUGAAGUCAGUAAAUCUCAGUAAACCAUCCUGAAGAAAUCUG